UUGAUGGAGCUUCUCUCACAACAACAAUGCAUCGUAGAGGAAUCAACAUGCGAUAUCUGGGCAUGAUCACGAAUAUCAUUGAAGAAUCACAAGAUCAUAAGUUAGAUCAUGUUAAGCACCUUAUCAAACAUGAAAUGAUUAUCCGGGCAUCAAAACACAUACUUCGAGAUCUCUUGUAUGAAGUGCCAAAUACAUAUGCCCCAUAUUGCAUAUCACAUUUCUUGAACUGUCUAUUGGGCACAGAAUACAACUCUAAUCCACAACCUCUGGUACCGGAGUCUAUUAUCGGUGCCGCAAAUCCUCAAUAUAAAUAUCUCGCGCUCACUCCACAGUCUCUCAUUCAACAAAUACGUGACGACAUACUUUUACGCUUCCGUUAUAAAACGGAUGAAAACUUUGUUAACGAUAACAUGCGCAAAUUAUCGUUGUUGCGAGAGAUUUGUUUGCGAGUGGGCGUUCAAAUUUUAGCGCAAUCUUAUCAUUUUGUCAAAAAGAAAUCAAAAAAGAGACUCACUACCUUCGUGCCUGAUGAUAUAGUGAAUUUGGUUCCUAUUUGUUCUUUCGCAGAAGAAACCUUUGAAGCCGGUAAACUGAGUAUUGCCCAAGGACAUCGGGAUCUGGGUGUUGAUAUCAUGUUACAAUCACUGGCUUUGCAUGAACAGAGCUAUGGAUUCCUUCACCCUGCAACAGCAAAAUGCUAUUCAGCGUUAGCAAUGUAUUUUUAUCACCAUGAAGAUCUAGAGAUUGCUAUUGACUUUCAGAAGAAGGCAGUGGUCGUUCUUGAAAGAACUUGCGGUGUCGAUAGUGUAGAUGCUGUGCAUGGCUAUCUGCAUUUGGGUCUUUUCGAAAAUGCUAUUGGAAAUACUGAAUUGGGUCUUCGUUACAUGAGAGAUGCCAUGUAUUAUUGGGAAAUCAUAUAUGGACAGUCACAUCCCGAUGGGGCUACAGCAGACCAUAACGUAGGAAUUAUGCUACAAAACUUGAGAGAUUUUGAAGGCAGUAUAAAGUUCUUUGAACGAGCAAAAGAAACAAAUGAAGGCAUAUUCGGAAAAUAUAAUGUUGUUACCGGUGAAUCCUAUCAUCUUCUCGCUAAAGCUUUGGCUUUCUCUGAAGAUUAUAAAGCAGCUUUGGGAGCAGAGAAAUGUGCCUACAAUAUAUUUACAAAAGUGUUUGGCCCCGACCAUCCAAGAACAAAAGAGACGGAGGUUAUGCUCAAUGAUUUGACUUCAAAUGCCGUUCAAUAUGCUAAGUUGGCGUUACAACAAAAGCAAGACAAACAACCAGUGCGCAAGACAUUGCCGAAGACUCCUCCGGUUCCGCUAAGA